AUUUGACAUUUAAUCUCCUGCGAGGGAAGGAAGCCGAGCGCAGCGGGAGGAGGAGUCCGGAGUCUAAAUCUGGAGCGAUUUAUUCCAGAAUGCGACGGAGGCUGUUUGAGUCCGGUGCACAGGAGCGGAAUUAACAGAUAUAUUCAGACAUUUCGGCGCAAUAUGAGGCGGUUUGUUUUAAUCUAUAUUUGUCUUGCUGGCGAUUUUCUUCUGGUCCUUAGUGUUGACUUGAAGGACGCACCGACUCUUGGAUCUAAAGAUAAUCCCAGAGUUUUGAGCAAAGAUAUAACAAAUGGUGUAUUUCAAUAUCCAGUCCGUCAGAACCACACUGUGCUCUACUAUCAGGAGGACGUGGAGGAGAUGUAUGUUGGAGGGACUGAUUUUGUGUUAAAACUUGAUGUGAAUGACUAUCAUAUCAUAGAGAAAUUUCCUCUGAAAACAACAGGGCAGCGACAGUGCAGAGAGGGCCCCUGUGACAAUGUCAUCACAGUCAUUGAGAAGUUUCAAGACAGCCUGUUUGUCUGUGGAACAAAUGGACACAAACCACAAUGUUGGAAGCUUUUUUCUUCAGUGAACAAUCAGUCCCAUGAAAUAGUGGAGAGUUAUGAGGGGACAGGCAUCUCUCCGUUCACGUACACGCAGAACUACUUAUCCCUCACAGUAGAGGGGGAUCUAUAUUCAGCAGCAGCUUUGGACGCUGAUGGAAGUUCGUUACAAUUCAGAAGGAAAGCCGGCAGCAGAACUAAUGUCUGGAUGUAUGACAGCUGGGUCUCAGAGCCCACAUUCAUCUCAGCAUCCUGGGUGAAGCAGGAGGACAACCCCGAUGAUGAGAAAAUUUACAUCUUUUUCCGCGAAAAGAACUCAGAUCACAACCCGGAGGCUGACCCCUGGAUAUCGAGGGUUGCCAGAGUUUGUAAGGUAGAUGAAGGCGGAUCGAAGCGAUUCUUCCAGAACAUGUGGACAUCUUUCCUCAAGGCCCGGCUCGUCUGUGGGUUUCCAGAGGAGUCCCUCUAUUUCAACCGUCUCCAAGACACUUAUGUGAUGCACGCCGAAGACUGGCGUGACACCAGAAUCUAUGCCCUUUUCACAAGCAGCUGGAACUCCACAGCAGUGUGCGUCUAUUCAGUAGGAAUGAUUGAAGACAUAUUUGAGAACUCAACUUUUAAGGGCUUCAACAAAGACAUCCCCAAACCGAGGCCAGGAACGUGUGUAAAAAACAGCAGAAGCCUGCCGCUGGCCACGGUCAAUAUCGUGAAGGAUUACCCAGAAAUGACUGACUGGGUUUACUCCAAACAUUAUACAGCUCCAUUUUAUGUAAGCAGCAACAACUACACCAAGAUAGUUGUGGAUCGGGUCCAGGCAGCAGACCAGCGCGUGUACAACAUCCUGCUACUAUCCACCGAUUCUGGGAAGAUCCAUAAAGUGUUAGAGGCUGGGUCCGAACCUUUCAUCAUCUCUGAAACACAACUCUCCAACCGUUCAACCAUACAGUCAAUGAAACUUGACUCUAAAAAGAAAAAGUUAGUGGUGGGUUUUUCAGAGAAAAUUUCUAUCGUGGACCUCCAGAGCUGUCAGCAGUACAACACCUCCUGCGCAGACUGUGUUCUGGCCCGGGACCCGUACUGUGCCUGGACGACGUAUGGAUGCACCCCGACUUCCCCUGACGCCAUUCAGAAUGUCAUGGAUGGGGAAAUAAGUGUGUGCAACUCAUUAGUAAAAGAACAAAAGCAAGACCACCGGCUCAAACGGGAGACAGUUACACCUGCGGAUAUGAGGACCGGCCACUCUGUCCCCUUGGGUGUCCCUUUCUAUCUGUCCUGUCCCAUAGAUUCGUACCAUGCUGCCUACACCUGGGAGCAUGGAGGCCAGACCAGCCCUUGCCUACAAAUGCAGUCUAAUUGCCUGCACCUCAUCCCUGCCAUGACACAAGAGAACUAUGGCACCUACGAGUGCAUAUCCAAAGAGAAAAACUACACCAAAGUGGUGAAAAAUUAUCAUCUUACGGAGCAAAAGAUCCCAGAGCCAAUGACUGACAGAGGCAAUACCCCAAGGCAAUACAAUAUGAAUGAUGCAUCCGCUGUUGUGCCACAGAUGUGGAUCAACCUUGGACUUGCGGUAACGGUGAUGGGGAUUUUCAGAUAGGGUUUACACAACUAGCUAGUUAAACUUUACACUCUUUUCUCCUUGAGAAUUUCCAUUGGUCCAGACCUCAUGCUUGGAAGUGCAGCCUCAGUAUUUUCAGGCCCUUUGUCCUUGCCUUUGCUAACCAGCCCACGGUGCUGCGGUACCAAAGGAAAUCCGCCCAAACAUCGGUUAAGCUUUCAACUCAACAGUGCAGGAUCAAUCCCACUGUGAACCUAAACCUCAUUUGUGUGCGCGGUCACAUCGCUGUGCUUGGCAGAAAAUGUUCAAGUUUACAGGAACAAGCCACGGUCAAGUUUAUUUUCAAAAGAGAAGCCAGAACAGGAAGAGGUGAUGGAGGGAGAAAGCAGCACAGCUGGUCAGCGGUAGAGCACAGCCUGAAUGAGCCGAGGAGCUCUAAUGGUGUUUAUUGGGAUCAGCUGAUGAUCAGUCACUGAUUUCAGCAGAGGUAAUCUGAAGGAAUUCCCUUUGCGGUAACAAGGGAUCAGACUGACUGCAACGCUCAGACCAAAACACACCUUUAAAAUGUUGUAGUCAUGAGUGCAAAGGCUUCAGGUGGAGAGCCACAGACAGUGCAGCAGACAGGAAGCAGGUGUGGUGUAGCUGCAGCUUGGUAUGCACAUGUUGAAGCCAUCUGAGCUCUGGUUCAUUAGAGGUCAGGAAAAUGCAAAGUUCUGGUGGACAUUUCCACUGUGCCUCACUGCAGUGCACUGAUGACAGAUUAUUUUUGUUUAAGGAAGGGUGGAGGCAGCCAGGGGCCCUGUGGAGUUCUCUGUUUUGUUCAACUCUCCCACUGUCACAACAGUCAGUAGUCAGAGAGGUGUUACAGUGAAAGGUGUCCUGCUGCAGAGCAGAUACUGUCUAACCUCUAAAAUAACAAGCACCUUGUUUCAUUUUCACAUUCGUUUUGGCAAUGAAAUGCACAUUUCUCUGAAUUUCACAUACAGAAGCUUUGAUUAGCUGCAGCAGGAGCAAUAGAUAUUACACGUAGUACCACAUUACACUUGAGGUAGAACAGAUUGGAGAUGGUUGUUGUAGGGGAUAGUUUUGACACAUUUAAGCCACCUUCCUAAACAGUUGUUUAUAUUAAAGUGAGAGGCCAUGUAAACUUUGCUGAACAGUAGCCGCUGUUUUCACAAGGGACAAAUACGGGAUAGUGCUAAAUGCUGCAACAAUAACAGCAGUCGAGAAAACUCAGAGAGCUUUCUUAAUAAUGUCCAUUAUGGAGGAAUAUCUGGCUUAUGUUUACUAACACUUUGCAGCCAAAAGCUAAAAGCUCAUAUCAGAACAACUAAACCUGUAUUAGCAAAUCCUGAUUGUACUGAACCUGAGUAGUGGUGUGCUUAUUGAUUGCUAAUGAAUUCAACUUUUCAUUUGUAAAAAGAAGCCUGUGUUAUUUCUGAUUUCACAGCCUCUCACUAACCACCAAGCUAAACAUAUUUAUUAUUUUAAAUGUUUUGGUACAAUCAUAGUUUUAUGUUAAUGCUAAAUCUUUGUUUCACACUGGAGAUUUUUAUACAUGCAAGCAACAUGUGUCCUUACAAUUUCAAAAAUCUUGUACUUUCUGAAAAUCUUGCUUGAAGACUGUGAGUGAC